UUCUUCUUAUUAGUUUGCCAAUGCAAGCCUUUAUUUCAUUGCUUAUUUGCUUGCUUACAAGAGUUUAAUAACUAACUAGCUGCAGUUUGUUGGCUUCCAUUCCUUUCAAUCCGUUGAACAUGGCACAAGGUGUUUGGCAGAACAUGCCACAACGUGUUUGGGAGCCAUCAUUACAUCCAUCGGUGCCCAAUACAAACACAGGGCCACAAGGUGUGUUGGAGCCAUCAUUACAUCCAUCAGUGCCCAAUACAAGCACAUGUCCACGAGGUGUUUGGAAUAUACCACAAAGUGUGUCGGAGCUAUCAUUUUGUCAAUCAGUGCCCAAUACAAGCACAGGGCCAGGUGUGUCGGAGCCAUCAUUACAUCCAUCAGUGCCCAAUACAAGCACAAGGCCACAAGGUGUUUGGCAGAACAUGCCACAACGUGUUAGGGAGCCAUCAUUACAUCCAUCGGUGCCCAAUACAAGCACAGGGCCACAAAGUGUGUUGGAGCCAUCAUUACAUCCAUCAGUAGUGCCCGAUACAAGCACAGGGCCACAAGGUGUGUCGGAGCCAUCAUUACAUCCAUCAGUGCCUAAUACAAGCACAGGGCCAUCAGUGCCCAAUACAAGCACAGGGCCACAAGGUGUGUCGGAGCCAUCAUUACAUCCAUUAGUGCCCAAUACAAGCACAGGGUCGUCAGUGCCCAAUACAAGCACAGGGCCACAAGGUGUGUCGGAGCCAUCAUUACAUCCAUCAGUGCCUAAUACAAGCACAGGGCCAUCAGUGCCCAAUACAAGCACAGGGCCACAAGGUGUGUCGGAGCCAUCAUUACAUCCAUCAGUGCCCAAUACAAGCACAGGGUCAUCAGUGCCCAAUACAAGCACAGGGCCACAAGGACAUGAAUAUAGUCAGUACAAACCUUUCUUUGAGGCUGUGCAAGCUGGUCGCUGGGAAACUGCAAAGGACUUUUACAUCCAACAUCCAGAGGCAGUAAGAGUAAGACAUCCAUUUUAUGGGAAGACAGCUCUUCACAUUGCAGUUGAAGCUGGGCAUGUGGAUAUUGUCAAAGAAUUGGUGUCGUUGAUGGAUGAGGACGACUUGGAAAUAAAAUCAGUAGGUCGGACAGCUCUUGCUAUUGCUGCAACUAAAGGGAUUAUCGAAAUGGCUCAAUGCAUGGUAACAAAGAACCAAAAAUUACUCAGCAUUCCCAAUGCUUUCAACGAUCUUCCAAUUGUGCAAGCUUAUUUGGACGGUGAAUGGCAUAUGGCUCGAUAUCUCUACUCCGUCACUCCACUUGAAGAUUUAAUGCCAGCCAAAGGACCUCAUGGCGCUUCAAUAAUCUCCGUUUGUUUUUCAGCUAAAGAAUUUGAUGUCUCAUGGGAUUUAAUUCAACGUUGCCCAAAAUUGGCCGUUACUAUGAACCGCCUAUUGCUCACCCCUUUAGAAGCUUUGGCAUCGAACCCUUCAUUCCUGAGCGGUGCGGAGCUCAAUUUCUGGCAACAAUGGGUUUAUGACUGUCUAUAUAUACAACCUCCUCCUCGCAUCAAUCAUAUCUGUGUAACUGUUCAAAAUGAAGAAAAUCCCCAAGCUAAUAACGGAGGGAGUUUAUUUCGCUCAGUGGGAGGUUUAGUGGAACGGCUUGUUUCCCAUUCAGAAAAACAAAAGGAAGGGCUUGUUUCGAAAAUCGUUCAGAUACUUGGAAUCAAACGCAUAUAUGAAAUGAAGAUUGUCCAUGUCAACUUACUUGCAUUUUUAAAGCUCAUCUGCGAAGAGAUAAAUAAAGAUUUCGAUAUGCAACAAAUGAGUUAUCCCUCUGUGAGGUCGGCAAUCUUCCUAGCUGUUAGGAAGGGGAACGUGGAGUUUGUUACUCAUAUGUGUAAAGCAAAUCCUGAACUUCUGAUGUUAGUAAAUGACAGGGCAAGGGGCAUAUUUCACGUUGCCAUCGAAUGUCGUCAAGAAAAGAUUUAUAACCUUAUAUACGGGAUCUCUACUAAAGACUCUAUCGCAAAUUCAGCCGAUGGGGAUAGUAAUAACAUGCUGCAUAUCGCUGGGUUGUUGUCCCCAUCUGCACAGCUUAAUCAAAUUCCAGGUGCAGCAUUGCAGAUGCAGCGUGAACUACAAUGGUACAAGGAAGUAGAGACUAUUGUACCUCCUAAGUGUCUUGAGUUUAUGAACAGCGGUGAAAAUUUGAAACCAAGGGAACUAUUUACAAAGAAUCACAGUGAAUUGCUAAAGGAAGGAGAAAAAUGGAUGAAAGAGACGGCAACUUCUUACACUGUUGUAGGUGCUCUUAUUAUCACCAUCAUGUUUGCCGCAGUAAUCACAAUUCCUGGAGGAAAUGGAGAUACCGGUUUUCCCACAUUCAACCAUGAAAAAUUGUUUAUGUUAUUUAUAAUUUCAGAUGCUAUAUCACUCUUUUCUUCCACGACUGCAACAUUGACGUUUCUCGGAAUUCUCACGUCACGUUUCGCAGAAGAUGAUUUCUUGAAAUCCUUACCCACAAAAAUAAUAAUUGGUCUUGCCACUCUCUUUUUGGCUAUUGCAACCAUGAUGAUUGCAUUUUCCGCUGCCCUUCUAAUUAUAGUUCGUGGACAUUCUUGGAUUGUGAUUCCGGCCAUCCUUCUUUCAAGUGUUCCUGUCACUUUAUUUGCUUGGAUGCAAUUCCCCCUCCUAGUUAGAAUUAUCGUUUCUACUUACGGAAAAGGAAUAUUUAAUAGGAAUGUGAAACGUUGGUUGUAAAGGUUUUUCAUUAUUUUAUAUUUCUUAUUGUAUCUGUUUAUGUGAGAUUCCAAAAUUAGAGGUGUAACUGAUUCGAUGAAUUAUAUAUUAAGGAAUAAAUUGGUGGUAUAUGUAGAACAUCUCAUUUACAAAUGAAGAGGAACACCACUAAACUGUAUUACUAAA